GUCUCUCCGGUUGAACCGGAUCCUCUGAAGCAGCGGCUCGUCUCUCAUUAUAUUCUCCUGGAUGAAUCUCUCCAUCGUCUCUCUGUCAUGCAGCUGAACACCUCCUCCUCUUCCUCCUCUUCCUCCUCUUCUUCUCCUCUUCCCGCCACUCUGAGCUCUGUGGAGGACGGAGGCGGCUUCUCUCUGCUGAACGGAGCCGGUAACGGCUCGGUGUCCGGCGGCGGAGCGCCCUCGGCGGGCAGCGCGGCUCUCAUCUCCUCCAUCUACUCGGUGGUGUGUGUGGUCGGUUUGAGCGGGAACUCCAUGGUCAUCUACGUCAUCUUCCGGUACGCUAAGAUGAAGACGGCGACGAACCUGUACAUCCUGAACCUGGCGGUGGCGGACGAGCUGCUGAUGCUGAGCGUGCCGUUCGUCGUCACCGCCGCGCUGCUGCGCCGGUGGCCGUUUGGCGCCGCGCUGUGCCGCCUCGUGCUCAGUGUGGACGCCAUCAACAUGUUCACGAGCAUCUACUGCCUGACGGUGCUCAGUGUGGACCGGUACAUCGCUGUGGUGCACCCGCUGAGAGCGUCCCGGUACCGGCGACCCACCGUGGCCAAGCUGGUGAACGCGUGCGUGUGGAUGUUCUCUCUGCUGGUCAUCCUUCCCAUCAUCCUCUUCUCCUCCACCGCCCCAAACUCUGAUGGCUCGGUGGCCUGUAACAUGCAGAUGCCGGAGCCGGAGCACCGCUGGAUGGCGGUGUUCGCGGUCUACGCCUUCCUGAUGGGCUUCCUGUUUCCGGUGUUGGCCAUCUGCCUGUGCUACGUGCUGAUCCUGAGCCAGCUGCGGGCGGUGGCGCUGCGGGCCGGCUGGCAGCAGCGCAGGAAGUCGGAGAGGAAGAUCACGGUGAUGGUGACGGUGGUGGUGUCGGUGUUCGUGGUGUGCUGGAUGCCCUUCCACGUGGUGCAGCUGGUGGGCGUCUUCCUGCAGCGUCACGACCCCACCCUCAGCCAGCUGGCCGUCGUCCUGGGUUACGCCAACAGCUGCGCCAACCCGGUGCUCUACGGCUUCCUGUCUGACAACUUUCGCCGAUCUUUCCAGAGGAUCCUGUGUAUGCGCUGGAUGGAGGCCCCCGAGGAGCCCCUGGACUACCUGGACUACUACAGCACGGCCCUGCAGAGCCGCAGAGUCAGUCUGGACCAGAACCACCACGAGGACCAGGAGGAGGACAGGACCAGGAUGUAGUCUGAGCCCUGAUGGCACCACCAGGACUGGGUUUUUAUGGUGUUGCUCUGUGACUGCAAAUCCUGUGCAACGUCAGGUUAUAUCAGGUCCACCAGGAUCCAACAGGGUCCAUGAUGGUUCACCAGGAUCCAUCAUGGUCCAUGGUGGUCCACCAGGAUCCAACAGGGUCCAUGGUAGUCCGUGAUGGUCCACUACAGUCCACCAGGAUCCACCAGGGUUCGUGAUGGUCCAUCAAGGUCCACCAGGUUCCAUAAUGGCCCACCAGGGUCCAUGAUGGUCCACCAGGAUCCACUAGGAUCCAUGAUGGUCCACCAGGGUCCAUGAUGGUCCAAAAGGGUCCAUGAUGGUCCAACAGGGUCCAUGAUGGUCCACUACAGUCCACCAGGAUCCAACAGGGUCCAUGAUGGUUCACCAGGAUCCAUCAUGGUCCAUGAUGGUUCACAAAGGUCCAUGAUGGUUCACCAGGAUCCACCAGGUUUCAUGAUGGUCCACCAGGAUCCAUCAUGGUCCAUGGUGGUCCACCAGGAUCCAACAGGGUCCAUGGUAGUCCAUGAUGGUCCACUACAGUCCACCAGGAUCCACCAGGGUUUGUGAUGGUCCAUCAAGGUCCACCAGGUUCCAUAAUGGCCCACCAGGGUCCAUGAU